GGAGGCCUUUGAACGACUUCAAAAACUCAUUAAUUAUUCGGGAAGGAUCUCAAUCUAUUUUUGGGUUUAAAAGACAGUUUCUUCAACCUCAUACUCGCAAUAAAGAAAAUUUUAGAUACUAAAAAUGGUUUCAGUUUUCAAACAAAAUGUAUUAUUGCAAUUGUUAAACACAAGCAUUUUUCGCUGAAUGAAUGGUUUCAAUGCAAUAAUUGUUCAAUGUAGGACUUUGCAUGAUUUUCAGUUAACCGUAAAAGUAAAAAGCAUUACAUCAAACAAAGAAGAGCAUAGAACACAAGAGAACAAUAGAUUCACGAAUUAUUCGACACUCAAGGGAAAAUAGAGAAUAUUCACAUAGAAUUGUUUCCUUUGUAUUUACAAUCUAUACUGUUGUGGUUGAUAUAUCAUUGAAAGUACUACUAAAUGCUCGUUUGUCACAAAAAGUCAUGGUCAUUUUCAAUCCCUCGAGAUUAUGUUAGAAAGUCAUUUGAUUUUGAAAUCAUUCAUACUUUUCGAAAUGGAGAGUGAAGACGACUUUCAGCCGGCUAAACGCUUUCGAAAGGCUCGAACUACAGAAGAAGAGAAAGAAAUGCUUGAAAAGGCAAUACCGAAAUCAACGAGGUACAAGAACACCUGGGCCUUCAAGCUUUUUGAGGAUUGGAAAAGCGAAAGGGCGAACAAAACUGCUAUCCUGGAGGCAUCAAGUGUUAACUCAAAAUUAGAAGAAUUGGAGAAUCUUGACCAAGACUUUAUUCUCAUGAAGCCCAAGUCAUUGAAUUUCUGGGUCGGGAAAUUCAUUCAAGAAGUCACGUCUAAAGAUGGGAAAAGAUUUCCGGGUGCUACUUUGUACCAAAUUGUGGCGGGCCUUAAGAGAUUCUUAGAAGAGCACAACAGAAAUGACGUUAACAUGCUUGACAAGCAAAAACCCGAUUACGCUGAUUUGCGGAAGAUUUUGGAUGCUGAGAUGAAAUCCGCUCAAAAAGACGGCAUUGUGAGCAAGAAGGAGNAUUAUAUAAAUAUUUAUUUUGAAAAAAAAGCAGGAAUAUAG